AUGCAGGGCUACCGCCGGUCGCGAAAUCCGCUUGUUUAUGAAAUCACGAUGAAUUCAGAAAAACAAGAGUAUGAAAUGGAUCUUCGAAUGCGAGCUAAUGGUGGUGGUAGUGGUGAAGGAUUCCAGAAACUGCCAACACUAUCGCCUCAACCACCGCCCUAUACGACCCACCCCUCCUCCGAGAACCUAAGUUCGAAGUACCUCAACCAGGUGCCCUACUCUUCCGACUUCUUCUCCAGCUACAGCCCUCGAUCCCAACUCAAGGGUAUAUGCGAUCUUUGUGGAUAUGUAGAAGAUUCUUUUAAGUCGCUUUUCUCGAAAUGUCGGCGCAGGAAGGAAUAUCACUCCCGAAUGGUUUGUACCGGGCUUCCGAACCGCGUCCGCAAAUUUCCUCCCAACGUCAUUAAAAAUCAAAAGUACAAUAUUUUUACGUUUAUUCCUCUCGUCCUUUUCGAACAAUUCAGCGUCUUUUUAAAUCUCAUUUUCCUAAUUAUGGCUUGCUCCCAAUUUAUUGAACCGUUGCGUGUUGGUUAUCUUUACACCUACUGGGCACCUCUGGGCUUUGUUGUUGCCGUGACGAUGAUUCGUGAAGCUGUUGACGAUAUACGGCGAUGGCUGCGUGAUCGAGAAGUUAACAACGCCCUUUACACAAAGGUCAUCCGUAAAGGUCAAGUAACUCUCCCCAGCGCUAAGAUACAGGUUGGUGAUAUUAUCCUAUUGCAUAAGAACCAACGAGUGCCUGCAGAUAUGGUGCUACUCUGGACCUCCGAACCCAACGGUUCGUGUUUUAUUCGAACCGAUCAGUUGGACGGAGAGACAGAUUGGAAGCUGCGCACUGCCAUUCCGGUUACUCAAAACAUCGUUCAUGAGGCUGGUAGACCUGAGGCCCUCUUCGACAUUCAGGCUCAAAUCUACGCCGAGGCGCCGAACCAACGCAUCCACAGCUUUGAAGGAACCUUCGCUCGCAUUGGUGUCGUGGAUACUGACGACGGCAUGGACAACGCGAGGAAUGAGGCCUCACUGAGUGUAGAUCAAACUCUUUGGUCUAAUACCGUGGUUGCCACCGGUACCGCCGCUGGCAUUGUCAUCUACUGCGGCUCGGAGACUCGUGCAGUCAUGAAUUCCAGCAAGGCUCACACCAAGAUGGGUCACAUUGAUAGGGAGAUCAACAACAUCACCAAACUUCUCUUCGUCUUUGUGGUCAUCCUCGCUUUCGUGAUGGUGGCUUUAAAGGGCUUUAAAGGAGCCUGGUACAUCUACUACUGGCGUUUCUUCCUUCUAUUCUCCUACAUCAUCCCCCUAGCUCUACGGGUGAACAUGGACAUGGCGAAGAUAGUCUACUCCUUUAUGAUCACACGAGACAAGGAUCUACCUGGCUGUGUUGUUCGCAGUACAACCAUCCCCGAAGAGCUCGGCCGUAUCACCUACCUUCUAUCGGAUAAGACAGGCACACUGACGCAGAACGAGAUGGUUUUCAAGAAGCUCCACUUGGGCAGCGUGGCCUUUGCACCCGACUCCAUGGAUGAUUUGACGGAGACUUUGCGACGCUACUACGACACCGUGGCAAAGGAGGGCGAUGCAACCGACGCGAAACAGCUGCGCAAGACCGGUGAUCAGAGGCUGGUGGAGGCGGUGUUGGCUAUCGCGAUAUGCCACAACGUGACCCCCAUGAAUGAUGAUAGUGGAUUGGAGACAACCUCUGCUGGGGCUGCGGAAGGCUUGGAUUACAACGCCUUUGUGCAACCGGUGGGAUAUCAAGCCAGUUCGCCGGAUGAGGUGGCUUUGGUGACGUGGACGGCUUCGGUAGGAAUUACGCUGAUUCAUCGGGAUCAGCAGAUGAUGGCUUUGCGUUUGCCCAACGGUGCGACAGUUGCCUACGAUAUCCUUCAAAUCUUCCCCUUCACCUCCGAAGCGAAGCGCAUGGGCAUAGUAGUACGCGAGCGUGUCAGCCGAUCCAUCCACUUCUACUUGAAGGGUGCUGACACCAUAAUGGCGGGUCUGGUUCAGUACACACCCUGGAUGGAGGACGAGGCGGGCAACUUAGCACGUGAAGGCCUUCGCACCCUCGUUGUGGCUCAUCGUCAGCUUACCGAGGACCAGUAUGCCGACUUCGCUUUGCGGUAUCACCAGGCCACAAUGAGUGUGAGUGAUCGCACGGGAAAGGUUCAGGCGGCCGUGGCAACCUUGGAGUGCGAUCUGCAGCUCCUCUGUCUUACUGGUGUAGAGGACAAACUACAGGAGGGCGUACGUCCAACGCUAGAGACGCUUCGAAACGCCGGCAUCAAAGUGUGGAUGCUGACAGGUGACAAGUUGGAGACUGCAGAAUGUAUCGCCAAGUCCUCACGUCUCGUGCCCCACGGUCAGGCACUACACAUCUUCCAACCUGUCACCGGCCGCUCCGAGGCCCAUCUGGAGUUGAAUGCCUUCCGUCGACGCUGUGACAUGCCUUUGGUGAUCACGGGCUCUUCGCUAGAGGUGUGCUUGCGCUACUACGAGUACGAGUUCCUCGAUCUCAUUCGUCAGUGCCCUGCAGUGGUGGUGUGCCGCACCUCGCCCACUCAGAAGGCCGGCAUCGCGAAGUUGCUGAAAGCACACACUAAUGCUGUGGUGGCAGCAAUCGGCGACGGUGGUAACGACGUCUCCAUGAUCCAGGCCGCUCAUGUCGGCAUCGGUAUUGUGGGUAAAGAAGGCCGACAAGCUAGCCUUGCCUCUGACUUCAGCGUCACUCAGUUCUCACAUGUUGCUCGUCUUUUUCUGGUUCACGGGCGCAACACCUACAAGAAUACGGCGUCACUUUCACAAUUUAUCAUACACAGAGGCUGCAUAAUCACAGUGAUGCAGAUAAUUUUUUCGGCAAUCUUCUACAUCAUCUCGGUGGCUCUCUUCCCGGGCUUUUUGAUGGUGGGCUACGCGACUAUUUUCACCAUGUUCCCAGUCUUCUCGCUGGUGUUGGACAAGGAUGUGCUUGAUUCGGUGGCCAUGACCUAUCCUGAGCUUUACAAGGACCUCGCCAAGGGUCGUGAACUCACUGUCAAGACUUUCUUUGUCUGGCUCGUUAUCAGCAUAUACCAGGGUGGAGUAAUAAUGUACGGCGCGCUCCUGCUCUUCGACUCGGACUUCAUCCACGUGGUCUCCAUCACCUUCACCUCGGUCCUCCUUACCGAACUCCUCAUGGUGGCGCUGACUAUCCAUACCUGGCACUUCAUCAUGAUCCUCGCCGAACUCGCCAGCCUCGCAAUCUAUGUGGUCGCGCUGGUUGUUUUCAAGUCUUACUUCGGUAGAUCAAGCCUUUCUGCUUACGUGGAACUUCGCAUGGAAGGUAUUUGCCAUCACGGCAGUAAGCUGUAUCCCCCUGGUAAUUCUCAAGUGCAUCCGAAUGAAGCUGCGACCACCGAUCUACUCCAAACUGCGAUAAAGUUGUCAUCGUUAACGUUGGUGAUCACUGUUACUCUACUAUUAAUGGGCUUUCAUCAUCCCUCUUUUUCCUUUCAUACCCAACACCUUGUUACAGUAGAACUUCAUCCUCUGGAGAUAGAUUUGAUCAUACCUGCCAUAUUCGUCAAGCCGUCAUGGUCGACGACGCCAACUCUGGCUGUGGAAUACGCCGCCCACAACUACCUCGCUAGCUUUGCUCAAUUCGAACUUAAGUAA